ACAUUGCUACUCACAGAUACACUCGCACACACACACACACACACACGGACACACGCGCUCAGCUUUUGUAUUGACGCACUCGACAACGAUGAGAACCGCGUCAAAGCAACCCAAGUCAGUCAGUCAGUCAGUCAGCCAGCUCCCCGGUGAGCUUUAGUCGUUGUCGGCAAUCCACGUCGUCACAGUUGCCCCAUUCGCAAAUUGAACGUUGACGCGAGCGCGUCGCAUGCACGGAGAACACUUGUUAAAUACAAAUUGCGUACAUUCGAUGUGUUUGGCGAGUUGAAACUUAAAAAAAAUAAAAACAAAACAAAACAAAACAAAAAAGUAAUCAUCGAAAUUAAACAUCAGCAAUGACAUUGCGUGGGGCAAAUGUGAUUUGGUUUCGACAUGGCCUCCGCCUGCACGACAAUCCCGCCUUGUUGUCCGCUUUAGCUGACAAAGAUUACGGAAUUGCACUGAUACCCAUAUUCAUAUUCGAUGGCGAGAGCGCGGGAACGAAAAGCGUUGGCUAUAAUCGGAUGCGCUUUUUGCUGGACUCGCUGGACGACAUCGAUAAGCAGCUGAAGGAGGUGUCGGAUGGACAAGGUGGCUUGCUUAUUUGUGAGGGUCAGCCGACGGACAUUUUUCGGCGGCUGCACGAUCAGGUGCGUCUGCAUAAGAUCUGCGUGGAGCUUGACUGUGAGCCCAUCUGGAACGAGCGGGAUGAGGCGAUAAACAAUUUGUGCCGCGAACUGGGCAUCGAGUACGUGGAGAUGGUAUCGCAUACGCUGUGGGAUCCACGUACGGUCAUCGAUACGAAUGGCGGCAUUGCACCAUUAACAUAUCAAAUGUUCCUGCACACGGUGCAUAUUAUUGGAUUACCGCCACGUCCUGUGCAUGAUCCGCAAUUCGAUGGCGUUGGCUUUGUGCAGCUGUCUGCCGAGAUGCGCAGAGAGAUUGGUUGUUUAGAGAAGACACCGUCGCCGGAACACUUUAACGUCUACAGUGACAAUAUGGGCACUCUGGCGAAGAUCAACUGGGUCGGUGGCGAAUCACAGGCACUGCUGCUGCUGGGUGAACGGCUCAAGGUUGAGCAGCAUGCCUUUGAGCGGGGCUAUUAUCUGCCCAACCAGGCAUUGCCCAAUAUUGUGGAUAAGCCAAAAUCGAUGAGCGCCCAUUUGCGUUUCGGCUGCCUGUCUGUGCGCCGAUUCUAUUGGAACGUUCACGAUCUCUUCAAGAAUGUGCAGCUGCGCGCUUGUAUUCGAGGCGUCCAAAUGACUAGUGGUGCUCACAUCACCGGACAGCUAAUAUGGCGCGAGUAUUUCUAUACGAUGUCCGUGAAUAAUCCGCAAUAUGAUCGAAUGGAGGGCAACGAGAUCUGCCUGAACAUACCGUGGGCCAAGCCGAACGAGGAUCACCUGCAACGCUGGCGCCUCGGCCAGACUGGCUUUCCACUGAUCGAUGCCGCAAUGCGACAACUACUUGCCGAAGGUUGGCUCCAUCAUACACUACGCAAUACGGUGGCCACUUUUCUCACCCGUGGCGGUCUCUGGCAGAACUGGGAGUUCGGGCUGCAGCAUUUUCUCAAAUAUCUACUGGACGCCGACUGGUCUGUCUGUGCCGGCAAUUGGAUGUGGGUAUCCAGUUCGGCGUUUGAAAGGCUGCUCGACACCUCACAGGUUUCCUGCCCGGUGGCGUUGGCAAAGCGAUUCGAUCCCAAUGGCGUCUACAUCAAGCAGUACGUGCCAGAGCUACGGAAUGUGACCAAGGAAUUCAUCCAUGAGCCGUGGCGAAUGACGGCCGAACAGCAGGAGAUCGCCGAGUGUCUCAUUGGGGUGCAUUAUCCGGAGCGCAUCAUUGAUCUCUCGCUAGCCUCAAAGAGGAAUAUGGCGGCUAUGAAGGCGCUGCGCAAUUCAUUGAUUGAGCCGACGCCGCAUUGCCGGCCCUCCAAUGAGGAGGAGGUGCGUCAGUUCUUUUGGCUGGACGAGUGAAGAAAUGAAAUGCCAAUUAUCUAUAUUUUCAAGUGUAUCUUUGUUGUAAUACUGUACCAAUAUAUGAAUGUUUAUACUGUGUGUGUAUAAUAAAAUUGUCGCUUAUAUAUACAUAUA